AUGGGUCUUCGUCUGGGAGAUAUCGCGCCCGACUUCGAGGCUGAGACCACCAAGGGUCCCAUCAAGUUCCAUGAGUGGAUUGGCGAUUCCUGGGCCAUUCUCUUCUCCCACCCCGGUGACUUCACCCCCGUCUGUACCACAGAGCUUGCAGAGGUCGCGCGGAGGACCCCUGACUUCGAAAAGCGCGGUGUGAAGCUCAUCGGUAUCUCCGCCAAUGGCCUCAGUGACCACGAGAAAUGGGUCGAGGAUAUCAACGAGUAUGGCAGCAAGUUCGGGCCGACCAACGUGCAAUUCCCCAUAAUUGCGGACGCCGACCGCAAGAUUUCUACUCUAUACGAUAUGCUUGACCAGCAGGAUGCGACUAACCGUGACGCCAAGGGUCUCCCUUUCACCAUACGUACUGUCUUCAUCAUUGACCCCAAGAAGGUUAUCCGCCUUACCAUCGCCUACCCGGCGUCUACUGGGCGCAACUUUGACGAGAUCAUCCGUGUCGUCGAUUCUCUCCAGAUCGGCGACAAGUACCGUGUUACCACCCCCGUCAACUGGAAGAAGGGCGACGAUGUCAUCGUCCACCCGUCAGUCUCGAACGAGGAGGCUAAGACGCUGUUCCCCAACUUCACCGUCCACAAGCCGUAUCUCCGCACCACGCCUCUCAAGGUCGAGUAA